UGUGAUUUUAAGUAGUAGUAGUUCAUCUUCGGCUCAGUUCUGUUGUGAAGUGCUAUCCGUCCCAGUUCCGGUUUUUGGGUGUCCAAUUUUUGUCCUUUCGGCACCACUUCAAAGACAUAUCAUUUUGUCGAAGCCAGGAAAUAGUGAUUGGAGAUUCUGAAAUUUACAUUCCAUUUUCAAAGCAUCCAGAAGAUCAACAACCAUGGCUAGUACUUCCACAGACGCAAAACAGUUUCCACUAGUCCCCAAGAUUAUCAACGGUGGCAUUGCUGGCAUUAUCGGCGUCUCAUGUGUAUUUCCACUAGAUUUGGUGAAAACGAGACUGCAAAAUCAACAGGUUGGCCCAAAUGGCGAACGAAUGUAUAAAUCUAUGUUUGACUGUUUUAAGAAAACCUACAAAGUGGAAGGAUAUUUUGGAAUGUAUCGAGGUUCUGCCGUCAACAUUCUUCUCAUCACUCCAGAGAAAGCCAUUAAACUAGCUGCCAACGACUUUUUCCGACAUAAUCUGAGAACGAAAGAUGGAAAAUUACCAAUCACGCGCCAGAUGGCUGCCGGAGGACUGGCUGGACUUUGCCAAAUUGUAAUCACAACACCGAUGGAGCUUUUGAAAAUCCAAAUGCAGGAUGCUGGGCGUUUAGCUGCACAAGCAAAGGAAGCAGGCAAAACAAUACCAAAAACAUCAGCGACGCAGAUUGCCCUAGAAUUGAUUAAAACUAAAGGCAUUACGGGCCUAUACAAGGGUACAGGUGCCACCAUGCUGCGGGACGUAUCAUUUUCGGUUGUGUAUUUCCCGUUAUUUGCAACACUUAACGAUCUCGGUCCACGGAAGGCGGAUGGUUCCGGUGAAGCAGUAUUUUGGUGUUCCUUUUUGAGUGGGUGUGCUGCGGGCUCUUUAGCAGCACUGGCUGUGAAUCCAUUUGAUGUCGUCAAAACACGGCUACAAGCGCUUAAAAAAGCCGAAGGUGAAAUGCAAUUUAACGGUGUUGCUGACUGUAUCAAAAAAACAUUCGUUAAUGAAGGACCCAAGGCAUUCUUCAAAGGAGGACUUUGUCGUAUGAUUGUUAUUGCUCCGUUGUUCGGUAUCGCGCAAAUGGUGUACUUUUUAGGUGUAGCUGAAUCAAUUUUGGGAAUUAAGCAAACAAAAGUUUAAGUAAAUUCAUUGUGCCAGAACAAAAUUUGAAACAAUUUGAAAUGCUAAGGUCAAUUAGCUAGUAAAACUCAUUGCGAGAAAUUGUAGACGACCCAUCUAAAAUAUGAAAAUAUUUCCAAAGCAGCAUUUUAAUCAUUGCAUUGUAUGUAAACAGUUGAUCUGUGAAAUUGUAUGGCGACGUGACGUCCAACGUAGAACUGUUGCUUCAACUAUUAUUGUGUUGUAUGUAAGUACAGAGCAUAUAUUGGUAUUUCAACGAAAUUGACUACGAGGUAUAAAAUACUAGUGUAAAAGUUCUCCUAAUGUUCAAUGUGUAUAAUUGGCCAUACAUAAUGUGUGCCUGCAAACGUAAUAAACGUGAUUGAUGCUGACAAUAAAAUUGUAACUGCAAGCUUCAA